CAUUUUUGGGGCAUAGUCUUGCUGGAACUUUACACAAAUGACAUCGUACGCUCUCUUGGGUUGGGUCCUGCUGGGGCUGCUGCUGCGGUUCGACUGUAUAUUGGCCUGGCAGGAUUACAAGGAUUAUAAGGUAUACGAGCUGCAGCCUCAUGACGAUAACCAGCUGCAGCUGAUUCGUAAGUGGGCGCAGGAGCAGCCCGAUUGGGAUUUGCUGGGAUCACUGCGCAGCUACAAUGACAAAGGAUUGCGAGUGCUGGUGGCGCCGAACCAAGCGGAAAGUUUGCUCAAGCAAUUGAAGGCACAUCGGAUAGAGCAUCAAUUGCUCUCAGAUGAUUUGUCUCUGUUGGUGAAGGCACAACGUGAGGACAAUCAACGCAACAAGGCGCGCUUCACGCUGCCUCUGAUCGAUGUCCUGGGCGCAUUUUAUACCCAUGCCGAAAUCAAUGAGUAUCUGGACAGUCUACCCCAACGGUAUCCGCAACGUGCACUGGUCAAGCACUUCGGCUGGAGCUACGAGCGUCGCCCAUUGAAGGUGCUGACCAUCACGAAUGGUGACGGACGAGCGAAUAAGCCGGUGAUCUUCAUCGAUGCUGCGAUGCACGCUCGCGAAUGGAUUGCACCCUCCUUCGCUCUGUAUAUCAUUCAACAGCUGUUAGAUAACUAUGCGGAGAAUGCGGAUCUGCUCAAGGACUACGACUGGGUGAUUAUGCCGGUGGUCAAUGCGGAUGGAUAUGAGUUCAGUCACACGGACUCGCGCUAUUGGCGCAAGACUCGCAAACCCACCUGGGAUCCCGAGAACAUUGGCACCGAUCUGAAUCGCAAUUUCGGCUAUAUGUGGGGCCUCGAGGACGGCGCUUCGCCGGAUCCUUCGAACGAAACCUACCAGGGCGAGCACGCCUUCGAUCAGCCCGAGUCGCAGGUGGUACGCGAUAUACUGCUGCACUAUAGCGACCGUUUGACCUUUUACCUUUCACUGCACUCGUAUGGCAACUACUUCCUGCUGCCCUGGGGCCACACAAGCUCUUUGCCACCAAAUUUUGAUGAAAUGAUGCAGGUAGCUGAUGCGGGUGCCAUGGCAAUCCUUUAUGCAACGAAUGGCAUUUACAGUUAUGGCAGCGGCUACCAUUUGAUGUACGCGACCUCUGGUGAUUCCACAGACUAUGCUGUGGGCGUGGCCAAUGUAAGUGUGGCCAUUACCAUGGAAUUGCCUGCUGGCGGAUUUAUGGGCUUCGAUCCCUGGGUAUCGCACAUCGAGGGCAUUGUGACCGAAAGUUGGGUGGGUGUGCGUGCCAUGGCCCUGGAGGUUAUCAAACUCUACCAAAACGAGGCGCAAACAAAUAUAUACUAUCAGUUUGGUUGCGCUCUAUUAAUACCGUUUCUGAUUGGAAAUCAAGCUUGGCUAUUGUAUAAGGCAGUUCAGUUGUUAAUAAGUCGACAAGCUGUAAGCAUGAAAUAUAUUUUAUUGUUCGUUGUGUGGUCUUAUGGUAUAGCUCUAAGCUAUGCCAAGGGUAAUUUCUAUGAUGGCUUUAAGAUGUACGAGGUAUCUAUGAUGGAUCGGUCCGCUGGACAGGGCUUGGACUAUUCGACUCUGGCAAAUAAUAAUUCAUACUAUGAAGUCGUCUCCAGAAAUGGAGUAGCUGCUCAUAUCCUGGUGCAUCCCGAUGCACAACCAGAUUUCUUGAAUCUGCUCGAUGCCAAUACGAUGAACUAUAAAAUAGUUCAUAAUGAUGUCGGUUUAUGGCUCAAACGUGAUUUUGAAAUGAAUCAAAAGUUACGCAAUUUGUACCCUUACCAAGGAAAGCUGGGCACAGAGCGGUAUUACUCACAUGCUGAGAUCAAUCAGUUUAUUGAGGACCUGGCUAAGCAGAAUCCCACACGAGUUGAGGUCAAGACGGUGGGCAAGUCCUUUGAGGGCCGUUGGCUAAAGACGAUUCGAAUCACCAAUGGAGACGGACGGGCUAACAAGAAUGUUAUACUCGUGGACGGUGGCUUCCAUGCACGUGAAUGGAUCUCACCGGCUGCAGUGGUGUAUGGCAUCAACGAAUUGGUCAACAACUACGAGGCGCAUGCCCAGCUAUUGCAAGACUACGAUUGGGUCAUUCUACCCGUAGUCAAUGCCGAUGGGCGUAAGACUCGUCAGCCAAGCAGUGCAGAUUGCAUCGGCAUCGAUCCUAAUCGCAAUUUUGAUUUUCACUGGAAUGAAACUGGUGCCUCCUCGGAUCCGUGCUCCCAAACCUAUGCGGGACCAAGGGCUUUCUCUGAACCGGAAGCAAUUGUGGUGCGUGAUCUGAUACACAGUCUGGCGGAUCGUGGCAAAAUGUAUUUAACAGUGCAUUCCUAUGGAAAUUACAUACUCUACCCCUGGGGCUAUAUCGACUUACUCCCAGACACCUGGGAGGAUCUGGAUGAGGUUGGACGCGCUGGUGGAGAUGCCAUUAAAGCGGCUACAGGCACCGUUUACCAGGUGGGCUGUUCCACCCAGUUGCUGUAUCCAGCUGCCGGUGCUAGCGAUGAUUACGCUUUCAAUGCUGGUUUUCCUAUAUCAUUCACCAUGGAACUGCCCGCUGGCGGUGAUAAUUAUUUCGAUCCUCCACCUACGGAUAUCGAUAGGCUAGUCAAAGAGACCUGGGUGGGCAUUGUGGCAAUGGCUCAAAAGGUGGUUGAAAAAUAUCCACUUAAUUAAACUUUUGAGCAAUAAAAUU